GCGGCGUAGGGGCGGGGCGAGGGGAGGUUCCCGAGCGGAGUCUGACGGGGCUUCCGGGCCAAGCCUGCACACACUCUUCCCGGGACCAGUACCCAGUUGUGUGUGAGCAAGAUGGAGCCUGACCUGUCUGGUUUUAACAUCGAUGCCCCCCGUUGGGACCAGUUCACUUUCCUGGGGCGGGUGAAGCACUUCUUCAAUAUCACGGACCCUCGCACUGUUUUGGUACCAGAGCGGGAGCUGGAUUGGGCCAAGAUGAUGGUGGAGAAAAGCAGGAUGGGGGCCGUGCCCCCAGGGACUCAAGUGGAGCAGCUGCUGUAUGCCAAAAAGCUGUAUGACUCUGCCUUCCACCCUGACACCGGGGAGAAGAUGAACGUCAUUGGACGGAUGUCCUUCCAGGUUCCCGGCGGCAUGAUCAUCACAGGCUUCAUGCUCCAGUUCUACAGGACGAUGCCCGCGAUCAUCUUCUGGCAGUGGGUGAACCAGUCCUUCAACGCCUUAGUCAACUACACCAACAGGAACGCGGCUUCCCCCACAUCAGGCAGGCAGAUGGCUCUUGCCUACGUCACAGCCACAACCACUGCAGUGACCACUGCUGUGAGCAUGAACAUGUUGACAAAGAAAGCUCCACCCUUGGUGGCCCGCUGGGUGCCCUUUGCUGCUGUAGCUGCUGCUAACUGUGUCAAUAUCCCAAUGAUGCGACAGCAGGAACUCAUCCACGGCAUCUCUGUGAAGGACAAAAAUCACAAUGAGAUGGGUCAUUCCCGGAGAGCUGCGGCCAUAGGCAUCACUCAAGUGGUAAUUUCUCGGAUCACCAUGGCAGCCCCUGGCAUGAUCUUGUUGCCAAUCGUCAUGGAAAGGCUAGAGAAACUGCGCUUCAUGCAGAAAGUCAAGGUCCUGCAUGCACCGUUGCAGGUUAUGCUGUGUGGCUGCUUCCUCAUCUUCAUGGUGCCAGUGGCAUGUGGACUCUUCCCACAGAUAUGUGAAUUGCCAGUUUCCUACCUGGAACAGGAGCUCCAAGACACCAUCAAGGCCAAGUAUGGAGAACACGUGCCUUCUGUCUACUUCAAUAAGGGUCUCUAAAUGUCCCACCUCAGCAAGGACAGGUCUAUCCCAAUAUUCACCAGCUCCUCCUCAGCUGCCUGUGCCCUCAUUCCUCUUUGCCAACAGGGCCUAAGACUAGGGUGUAUUUGGGGGUGUAUGAGGCAGCAGAAUUCCUCAUGCUUAUACCCAGGCACUUGGUUUAUUGGGCUCCAGGGGAUGGAAGUGAACAAGGGGAGGAAGACCAAAUUCUCUUUCUGCUUCCCCUUUCAUCCCAUGGAAACCAGGAGCUGAGGCCCCCUCAGGGGGGAGUUGCUGGGACCUGAGGGGGACAUUCAGCAAACCGAUUGGAAAAAUUAGGAAAACUUUGGGACUCUGGUUCCAGCCAGGAUUGGGAAGAACCUCUGGGACAAAGAGAAGUUCCUACUCUUCUUUCCUCUUCCUUCUGUGUCAUCUUCUCUUAAGCUAUGAAACCUUUACCCUUGUAAUUCUAGUUAAUGCAGGAAGUAUGUGGGGGGGGGGGAGGGGUAAUCUGUGUCACUCUGGGGCUCAUCUCCUCUCUCAGAAAGGUUCUUUGGGAGUGCUGCUAACCUUGAGUUUUAUCAGGAACGUGGGAGUUCUUAGUGCUGAAAAGAGGUCAUUGUGUGAGGCAGCAGAGUUCUGUGGUGCUCAAGCUCAGUCUAUUGAUACUUUGUUCUGCUCUAAAAUCAUGUCUGAUUUCACUUCUGUGUUU